CUUUUAGUUCCAAUUUUGGUGCCAUAGAGCCAGGUGGUGCUAAGGAGCCUGUAUCAUACAAAUUUACAAGAAAAAUGGCGACUUUCGUUUGACAGACGAGUCACCGAUGUGCAAAAUGCUUCUAGUUUCCAAAAUGACUUAUCGUUUUGUUGAGAAAUAUCGCGUUGAUAAACAAUGGCACAAUUUUUACGAGUGUGCAAACCUGAAAUCUGUUGUGUGGCCAGAAGUUAUGGAACUCGGAGGUACCAGCAGAAUCAUUAUGAAAUUUUAAAUGUUUCACCUGAUGCGUCGCAGAAAGAGAUUAGACAAGCUUUUAUAAAAUUAUCAAAACAAUUGCAUCCAGAUACUAGUGGUAAACAAGGUCAUGCUGAUUUUGUAAGGUUGAACGAGGCAUACAUGAUCCUAGGCAAAGAAAAUACAAGGCGCCUAUAUGAUUUUGAUUUGAAGUAUAAGUUUAACCCGUCUCACAUAUAUAAUUCACAAAACAUGCAAUAUAGCAGUCAAUGGGAAUAUGAAGUACGUACAGCAGGAGGACCGUGGCCACCACCUCCACAACAACCGAAUACCAACUUUGGCCUCCUAAUAGCUCUUGGGUGUAUUGGAUUAGGGUUGCUACAACUUAUCUUCAUAUUUUAUUCUAUUAAAGUGAGAAAGAUAGUAGCUUUGCGGAAUGCUCUAAUAGAACACAAAUACCAACAAAUUCGAGAAUCGGUACAUAUUAAAGCCGAUAAGUUUUCUAUAAAAGAUCUUAAUUCCGAAGAGGAUUUUAAAGAGUACCUGACUGAAGACAGUAGUAGUGAAUGUUAGCAAAAAUUUUAUUAGAAAUUAAAAAAAUGGUAGUU